CCAGCGGCGCGCGCGCCCACCAGGUGAGGUUCUAAAUAAAGCCCACUUUCUCCCCAGCCUUUCCCCCUCAGUAGUCGCGGCAUUUUCAUGCAUCCCGGUGGAGUUCACGGAGGCCUGCCUCCAGGAUACUAUGGCCAGAGCCACGGCAUGUUCCGACAUCCCAGCUAUCCGGUUAGCCACAGCACCAACCCUACCUUCCAAAGUAUGACGGCUCACUGGAACAUGUCCGGACCAGUGUCUCACUCAGUCCCGGCCUCCAUCCCUCCUCCCUCCUCUUCCUCCACCUCCUCUUCUUCGUCUCGCUCCAAGCACCACCAUCACUCCAACCUCCAGGUCACUCCCUCUCUCUUUCGAGAACAUAACACGUCGUUUUCAGUCGGAAAUACGAACACGAUUUUCCAGCUGUAUACAUCAGGCAGUUUGCUCUCAGUAGCUUUUACAUUGUCCACCAUCUUUGUUCCACUAUACUGUACUGUUCCUACGGUCAGUUCAUUCGAUUCACUGCAGAUUCCUCCACCUCCAAAACCCCCCGAUCGUCCGCUACUGCCGUACAUGCGCUACAGUCGCAAGACGUGGGAACAGCUCAAGGCCGAUGGAAAGGGAGUCUGGGAGUCUCCUAAUAUAGCUCAAGUCGGUCGUCUGAUUGGUCAGAAAUGGCGGGAGCUAUCGGAUGAAGAGAAGCAGCCGUAUCACGAUGAAUAUGAGGCUGAGAAGGCAGUGUAUUUAGAGCAGAUGAAGGCCUAUCGCAGCUCGCCUGCCUAUAAGAGGUGGCUGGAGCUGAAACAACAAGCGGAACAAGCAACUCGGGAGGCUGCAGCAGCACAGGCUCUAUCUUCCUCCUCCUCCACCUCCUCCCAGUCCUACCUUCACCACCACCACCACCAGGAGUACGGUCCUCCUCCUCCGUCCGUUAUUGCUCCCUCGAGACACAGCAUGGAGAGUAGACUGCAGAUGAUGCAACAACAGCAGCAUGAUGACGAGGAAGAUGAGUACAUCACCAUGAAGCAGGUGGCUGCAGUCAGGUUCCACAGAAACCACCGUCUCAUGAUGGAGGUCUUCAGUGACGUGUGUGUCCCAGACCCUCGCACUGUUGUGAGCAAGACCCGUCUGGCAAUACUGACCAAACAGGUCCAGUCCUUGGAGACUCACAAGAGGAGACUGGAAGACGAGGUGCGACAACUGGAAGGCAAGUUUGAACAGAAGAAGAGACAGUUCCUGGCAAACUCGGUCAAAUUCCGCCGAGAGCUGAAGCGAAUUCACGGGAACCCUCCAUCUACAUGGAAGACUAGUCCGUUAGUACUGAAUGCCAGGGACAUCCCCAAACCUUCUUCUGAUGCGAAAUACGCCAAACUCUAAAAGUCUCAUACUCCCUCUCAAUUAGAUUGUAUCCCUAUCAUUAUCACCACUGAUUAGUCUUAGUUUCCUCUCCUGUACAUUGUGAUGGAUAAACUUUAAGAUUAAGGUAUGUGCAGUGUUAUUACUGUAGAGAGUUGUUCAUGAUUGGUGGCUAGUGGCAGCACUAGUUGAGGGCUGGAGAGUGGAGAAAAGAGCUCUUCUCUCGCUGUUUGUUCCAUGGCAU